GCAGGCAGCUCCGCUCGACUCGGCUCCGCUCCGCUCCGCUCCGCUCCGCCCGGCCCCGAUCCCGGCCCCGAUCCCGAUCCCGGCGGCGGCAGCAUGCGGCUCUGGCCCGUGGUGGCGGGCGGGCUCCUGCUGGCACUGCUGGCCCAGCCCGCGCCGCAGCCCCCGCGCCAGGCCGGGCGCGGCGCGCUGCGGGCGGCGGAGGCGGCGGCGCUGGAGGCGGGGGGCGGCGGCGCCCGGGCGCGGGGCUCGCGGCCGCUGCGGGAGGCCGGCCCCAAGGAGCGGGAGCGGACGCGGAGCUUGGCGCGGCUGCUGCACGAGACGCCCGGCCCGGGCCGCCGGCUCAAGGGCGUCAGCAAGAAGGGGCUGGCCCGGGGCUGCUUCGGCCUCAAGCUGGACCGCAUCGGCUCCCUCAGCGGCCUGGGCUGCUAGACCCGGGCUUUGGACUGACAGCACAAUUCUCCCCGGCCCCACAUGGCCGUCUCCCGACCACCACCCAGAGGAACAGGGAACCCCAGGACUGCACAGAAGACCCGGCUGCAUUUGGAUUUGUGGUACGAGGAGCCGUGGCACCAGCUGUUUUGAUUGAUGUUAUUUCUUAUGAUUAAAAAAGAAAAAAAUCUUCUCUCUCUCUCAUAUAUCCGAUAUAUAACACAAGUGCUCCCCAGGACCGCGGGGCCCGGGCUUUCCCCGAGAGACUGAUGAAGCCAGCUGUAUACCGUUGCUGUUUGUAAAUUCAUGUCCUGCAUAAAUGUAUUUAUGUUGUAAAGCUAUUUAUAUAUUGUUUAUAAAGAGAUAUUUAUAAAAAAAAAUUAUUUAUGUAACUGACGGAAACGUC